AUGGUGGAGUACUGGACUUUGGACAGGUUUGAAAUAGGAAGAUUGCUUGGGCGUGGAAAGUUCGGGCAGGUAUGGCUUGCAAGAGAGAGGGAAAAGGGGUUUAUAGUUGCGUUGAAGAUUAUUCCAAUCAAGGAAAUCCAGACGGUGGAGACGGCAAGGCAGAUCCGCAGAGAGAUUGAGAUACACUCCAACCUGAAGCAUCCCAACAUUCUGAGGAUGUAUGGUCAUUUCCACGACAAGGACAAUAUAUAUCUGAUACUGGAAUAUGCAGGGAAGGGCGAGUUCUUUAAGUUCCUUAGCGACCGGGGAGGCAAGUUCGGGGAGAAAGAGACAUCUCUAUACAUAAGACAGGUGAUGCUGGCGCUGACAUACAUGAAGGAGUGUAAUGUGAUACACAGAGACAUAAAGCCAGAGAAUCUGCUGCUUGGGUCAGACAACCAGCUCAAGAUAGCAGAUUUUGGAUGGGCGGUUUAUAAUGCUGACAAGAGGCGGAUGACCUUCUGUGGUACAAUGGAGUAUCUUGCCCCAGAGAUGGUUAACAACGAUAUACACGACUCAGGGAUAGACCUGUGGUGCCUGGGGAUCCUAACGUAUGAGUUUCUCAUGGGAAAAACUCCGUUUGAAAGUAAGAACAGGAACAUGAGGGAGGCCUAUAAGAAAAUCAACUCACUGAAGUAUACCAUUCCAGAGACGAUUAGCUCCAACGCUUCAGACUUCAUUUCCAGACUUCUUGUGUUGAGUCCUGGCGACAGAAUGGAACUUACAGAGGCUCUAAAUCAUCCGUUUAUUGUAAAGCACCACGGGAGGUCCAGUGAUUAG